AUGCUGGUGAAGGCGGAGGUCCUGGCGGCGCCCGCCGAGGACGAGCUGCUGCUGCUGGGGCUGGGCUCGCCCGCCCCCUCGCCCUCGCUGCCGUCCAGCGCCGAGGAGGAGGAGGAAGAGGAGGAGGAGGAGGAGGAGCUGCGCGCCGCCCCGCCGGCUCGCCCCGUCGAGGCUCCGGGCGGCCGCGGGCUGCGGCGGGCGGAGGGGAAGCGGCGGCCGGGGCGGUCCCGCGGCGCCCCGCGGGCGGCGCGCACGGCGGAGACGGCGCAGCGCAUCAAGCGGAGCCGGCGGCUCAAGGCCAACAACCGCGAGCGCAACCGGAUGCACAACCUGAACGCGGCGCUGGACGCCCUCCGCGACGUGCUGCCCACCUUCCCCGAGGACGCCAAGCUCACCAAGAUCGAGACGCUCCGCUUCGCCCACAACUACAUCUGGGCGCUCACCGAGACCCUGCGGCUGGCCGGGGCGGCGCGGCUCGGCCCCGACGGGGCGGCGGCAGCGGCGGUCCCCGCCGAGGGCAGCCCCUCGCCCGCCUCCUCCUGGAGCGGCGGCGCCGCCAGCCCCGCGCCCUCCGCCUCCCCGUACGCCUGCACUUUAUCGCCCGCCAGCCCCGCGGGCUCCGCCUCGGAUCCCGAGCACUGGCCCGGCCGCUUCGCCCCGGGGCCGCCGCCGCCGCUGCCCCGCCGCUGCCUCUAG